CAAAACAUAUUGGCCUGGGCCUGAAAAAAAUGUUAAAACCUCUGUUACUCUCACUGUUUAUGGUAUUACAUACACAAGCCGAACAAUUAGCCAAGAAUGAUUGCACACUGCUGAAACAAAAUCAACAAUCUCAGGAACUGUUAAAAAGAUUGGACCCUUUAAAAGGAAAGAUAUUUACCUACAAAUUUAAAGAUGAGAUAAAUGGUGGUGAUGAAUAUGAUUACACGUUAAGCAUUUGUAGUGGGGUCACUGCUAAUCAAUUUAACGCUCCAGGAGUUGGUGUGCUUCAGUAUAACAAGUUAAAACAAGAAUACAAACGAGUAGGGCUAAUAAACAGCACAGUAGUUAAAGGUGGCACUGACUGGAUCAUGCUUACAUAUAAGCAUGGUGAUCGUUACCACUCACAUUGUACAUCGCCAGGAUCAGAACUUUCUAGAAGACAAGCACACAUAAUGAUUGUGUGUGAUCCAAACGAGUUAGAGGGACAAUUUAAAGUGCUGUAUGAACAUAAUGAUGAAGAUACAGAAUCAAGCUGUUUCUACAUGAUGGAAAUAUCCAGCAGAGCCGCAUGCUCACAUGUUAAUGGCUUGAGCACAGGUUCAAUUUUACUUAUAAUAUUCGUGUCUGUUACAUCCGCAUACCUACUAAUAGGCGUUGUUUAUAAAAGGUGUGUGUAUGGGUCAAAAGGAUUUGAGCAAAUCCCUAACAUUGUAUUUUGGAGGAUGUGUGGCAACUUGCAAGCUGAUGGAUGUGAUUUAUUGUGUCGGACAAGAGGUUCUGGAUACAUCGACAGCAAACCAUAUCAAGGUGUAGCUGAUGAUCAGUUAGAUGAUGAAAUAGAUGAUGAACAUCUUCUGCCAAUGUGAAGAUAGCACAAUGUUUUGUGUUUACUUAGAGAAAAAUGUGAUUUUAUCCAGAUAUUAUGAAGAUAGCACAAUGUUUUGUGUUUACUUAGAGAAAAAUGUGAUUUUAUCCAGAUAUUAUAAUCACAGUGAAAUCCGAAUGCAUCAUGUAACUGAUUUGGAAUGUUAUGAAAGUGUUUCAUUUGUUUUUCUUAUUUAAUUAUUGCAAAUAAAGAGAUUUUUAUUUGUAAUAUUCUGAUCAAUACUGUAAUUACACUAUAGUUGUGAUAUUUUUCCUAUGCAAUACAGAGCAAGCAGUGU